AUGAAUCUCACUACUCGCGCCCAAUCAAAAUCGCAGUCACCGAGAGUGGACUCGAGGACGUCGACCCCCAAAAGCCAGAAAGGCAACUCCCCUCGCGCUGCUGGCACCAAUCGCAAGAAGUCAGAAUUGUCAGAUACGAAGGCAAAGAGGGUUCGAACAGGUUGUCUCACCUGCCGGGAGAGACACCUCAAGUGCGACGAGGCCUUGGGUCGGCGUGGUGUUCGCUUGAACUUUAUCGACAUUCAGACGGUCGCUCCGCCACAUAUCAUUGAUCGACCCAAAGGUGCCAAAGUGACGUUCAGAGACGACUCACGCUUCAUCGCAUCCGAGUAUGUUGGCGGCUUCGAAAGAUAUCCUCCGCCCCAGCCGGAGAGUCCCGUCCAGGAUCGCCAGCUUCUGCAUCAGGAUGCAUUCAAUGCCUUGGGUACGGACUAUCUGACAAGUCUGUUCCAAUCUGUAGCCCAUUCUUUCGACCCAACCGGCUUCGAUGUCCCCCAUGACUUUAUAGUUGGACCUGAUACGUGGCACGAGCCUCAUAUCGUGCCUGGUGAGGAGCUACUUCCGCAUGGGACAUCCAAUUUUGCGCGAAAACUCGCCAUGAAGCAGUACAGUUCUUCGUCGCUGAGCGACCCGGAACAAAUAUUCCUCUUGCAAACAUUUGUUGAAGAGGUCGGCCCUUGGAUGGAGUCUAUGGAUCCAAUGCGACACUUUACGCAAACUUUACCAUACUAUACUGUCGAAGAACCCUUGUUACUCAAGGCUUUCUUGGCCUGUGGUGCUCGGCAUCUCUCGGUCGUAAAUCCCUCCUCCGGGGAUGAAAAGGCAAAUCGCUAUUACGAAAUGGCAACACAAGACCUUAUGAGUUUGAUGCAAGAUCCUAAUCGUGAUUCGGUUCUAUGUGCGGCGGCUGCACUGGUUCUCAGUAUAUAUGAGUCAAUAUCCUCGCAGUCAACACCCAAGAUCAACCAUACGACAGGGUCAAGAGCUCUGAUCCGCGAAUGCGGUUGGAACUCUAAGACACCCGGCCUUGGGGGCGCCUGCUUCUGGAUCAAUACUAGCAUAGAGCUGUUGAGCUGCUUGCGUUAUGGCUGGUCUCUUUCAUGGGACCCAGACACAUGGGGAGUCGACAUGCAUAUAGACAACGUGCAUCAUUUCCCCAAAUCAGAGGAACUAUGGCUUCACCGGAUCCUUUAUAUAUGUGGCAAGGUUUCCAAUUUCCGAGUCCAAAGCCAGAACCAGCAAUCUCCUAAUGGGACAGACGCUCAUAUGGGGCAAUUGAGCCAGAAAUUGCAAGAUUGGGGGCACUACAAUAGUUGGUGCGAUCAGUGGGUUAAAAAUACCCCGCCGUCGAUGCAACCUCUUGGCCACGUCCAGCCGUGGCCCAGCAACACGCAGUCGGUAUUUCCGACCAUCUGGAUGACCAAGCGACCUGCUAUCAUUGCCCAGUUUUUCUACCAUCUAGCUCGCAUUCUCUUGGCAAGAACCCAUCCCAUGGAGCCAGAUUUCCGUACGGAGAUGAAGGAAAUGCAACAGGCUCAUGCUUAUGAUAUCUGUGGCCUUGCUGUAGGCCUCAAAGAUCGUGGUCUCGCGAAAAUAUCAAUCAGAUGCCUCGCAAUCGCAGCAGAAAGCCUAGAAUCCCGAGAAGCCCAAGAAGAGGCGCUUCGCAUCUUGACUGCCACAGCCAAAGACACUAUUUGGUCAUCUCAAUCUAUUGAGAACGAUUUACGGCAGCACUGGGGCUGGCCCCCUCCGCCCCAUGAAACAGUGGAUCCUAUGCAGAUGCAUAACAGUCAUUAUCACGAACUAGACCAGACAAUCUCCAAAGGGCCUAAGAUUUCUACACAUCUCUCAAAUCCGCUACUGGGUAUGAGUGAUUUCUCAGCAGAGAAGCAUCCUUAUCAAGGAUUUUAUACCGCUCCCCAUCAUACCCUUGACCAAUACCACCAGUAUGGGUCUUAUAUUCUUUGA